AUGGGCACCGUUGCCGCCGCCAAGCGCUUGCUCGCACGCAACCCCCUAAGCAGAUACCUCCCGCCGCUCAACUUCAUCACUCUCCACUAUGCAUAUUUCAUUAUCGUCUGUCUUUUGUCGUCGGUCAUCUUCUGGGCCUCAUCCGAUGCCGAGUUCAAGGUGAGCUAUACCGACAGCCUCUUCCUCGUGGUAUCUGCCAUGACCGAAGCUGGCCUCAACACCGUCAACCUCAGCCAAUUGACGACGUGGCAACAAACAAUCCUGUUCCUUCUGCUGCUACUCGGAAGCACGAUAUGGGUUUCCAUUUGGACAAUCUUGGCACGCAAACAUGUUUUCGAGAAACGCUUCGAUGAAAUUGUCCGAGCAGAGCGUGCCCGCAAACUCAGCCGCCAAGGCAGCACGAUAUCACUGGCAUUGCCACGGCUUCCAUUGACUCUGCCAAAGCUUCAGCUCGCACUUUCUUUCGGAAAGGCCCAGACUGUGCCGCCUCCAGAUCAGGCUUUCAAAGGGACUGGCAGCCGAAUUCCAGAGACACACCCUCCUCCGGAUUACCAGGACUCAGACACCACCGAAGGUCCGUCGCCGCAAUUCCGAAGGGCCAUGUCUUCGCCAGACGUCAACACGAGAGACAAGAACACGCCCAAGGACAUUGAAGACAUUGCAGAUUCCCAAAACCCAGGUCACAUUACGUUCGAUGAUACACCACAUCCAAAUGCUACGCAAGCCACUUCGACUGGUGUUUCUGCGCACGGCGAUGGAGUGGCCCUUCCAUCAAGGAGAUCUGCCAAGGCUCCCACAGACUCGGCCGAUAUCGACCUCGACGCUCGGCACUUCUUGAAGCACCGUUCCGCUAGUCGCAACGGUCAAUUCCACGACCUCAGCAGCGCAGAGCGUGAUCAUCUCGGCGGCUGCGAGUACCGUGCUCUCAAGGUUCUUGCCACCAUCGUGCCUGCCUAUUUCUUCAUGUGGCAGUUUUUGACAUCACUCGUCCUCGGAGCCUGGAUGAACAAUUACAUGCCAAGUACGGCAAGGGCCAAUGGAAUAAACCCAUGGUGGCUUGGCAUUUUCAACGCCGUCUCGGCCUUCAACAACUCGGGCAUGUCGCUCCUGGACGCCAACAUGAUUCCCUUUCAAGAUGCAUACUAUGUCUUGAUUACAAUGGGUCUCUUGAUUCUAGCAGGAAAUACCGCAUACCCACUGUUCCUCCGUCUUAUCAUCUGGAGUUCGCUUCGAAUCCUGGAUUUUGCGACGCCGCAAGACGCCUUCAUUGACCUUAAGGCCACUUUGGAAUUCAUCCUAAAAUAUCCUCGCCGAGUUUAUACAAACCUCUUCCCUUCCAGAGCGUCUUGGUGGCUAUUCUUCAUGCUUCUAUGCCUUAAUUCCGUGGACUGGGUAGCUUUCGAGCUUCUCAAUAUUGGAAAUUCAGUCAUCGAGAAGAUCUCAACUGGUUCUCGUAUCCUCGAUGGCUUGUUCCAAGCCCUAGCUGUGCGGUCUGGUGGCUUCUAUGUCGUACCCAUCUCGGGGCUCUUCAUUGGACUCCAGCUACUCUAUGUCAUCAUGAUGUACAUUUCCGUAUAUCCCGUGGUCAUUACCAUGAGACACUCUAACGUCUACGAAGAGCGGUCACUCGGCAUCUACAGGGACGAUUUGGAAUCGACUUCAGAGCCCGACCCAGAGGCAGGUAUGUCGCUGCUUCCUUUGGGAAGCCGGCCACCAACUUUAGCCCGCACCGCUAGCUUUGGUGCAGCAUCUGCCCGUCCUUCAGUUUUGGCUCGCCGUCUAAGUCGCUCUGGGCCGGUCUCUGACGCGCGACGUGCGUUCAGGAGCACCUUUAUGAGUUUCCAUGGUGUUGGUGUUGCGCCUCCGAAACCUGGGGGACCUGGCAUCCCAGGACCCGACCAGCCAGAAAGUCGCAUCAGUUUCAUCAGUCAGCAAGUCCGUGGACAGCUCGCACACGACCUUUGGUGGUUGGUCCUGGCGAUCUUGAUCAUCACAAUUAUUGAGACAUCCAAGUUCAUCAAGGAUCCUGUCACGUUCUCUGUUUUCAACAUCAUCUUCGAAGUCGUGUCGGCCUAUGGCUGCGUCGGAAUUUCGGUGGGCCUCCCGACCGAUGCCUUCAGCUUUUGCGGCGCAUGGCACACGGGCAGCAAGCUCAUAUUGUGUCUUGUCAUGCUUCGUGGAAGGCAUCGAGGGCUGCCGGUUGCACUUGACCAUGCAGUGCGGCUCCCAGGUCGUCAGCUGCACCGAGACGAGGAAGAGGACCAGCAGAUUCGGAUGAGCAGGACAAUUGAGAUUGAGAGAUAG